AUGGUAACUUGCCACAUGUUUCCUAUAUUCCAACCGCAAAAUCAAAAUUCACAAACACCCCAUUUUCCAUUUUUGUCCAUAUUUAACCCCUCUAUCGGAAAUGUUACUCCAACUUCCUUGCCGUUUCCAACUCAAUUCAGUGCAUCAAGACAUAACUCAUCUGGUGUUGGUGGCUCUUCUAACCCAUCCUCUCAGACUCCUAUACAAUCUAGUCCAAAUUCACAAUAUUCAGAUUUUGCCAACCCUCGUGGAUUAGAUGAUAUCGACCUUAAUGAUGAUGAUAUUGAAGAUCGGAGGCAAGAUAGUAUUCAACACUGGAAUUGGAAAGAGGAUGAGAUGCUGAUCAGUGGAUGGUUAAAUGUUUCAACUGACCCUGGGGUAGUUGCAUGUAAGAAACGAUGGUAUAAGAUCAACAAGGCUGUUGCACAAUUUGCUGGUUGCUACGAUCAAGCUAGUCGAAACAUAAGGAGUGGUUCGAACGCUGAUGAUAUAAAGGAGUUGGCUUAUAAACUUUAUUCCACAAAUUAUGGUCAAAAGUUCACUUUUGAGAGGCAUUGGAACAUGCUUCGCUUGGAGCAAAAAUGGAGAAGCCAACUACCUACACAGAGUGGCGGCUCAAAGAGAACCAAGGUUAGUGCAACUGGAGCAUACUCAUCCUCAUCAAACCCAGAAACACCGUUGGCUGACGAACCCGGUGUGGACUCUCCCGUUCGCCAACAAGGAUCAAAGAAGAGCAAGCGAAGAGUCAAUAUUAUUGUGUCGUUAUUGUUCAUGAAAGUGACCGUUGCAAAACUAGCCGUUAAGUAG